AAUCCUAAUUGAACUAAAACUCUAAAAAAUAAACCUACACAUAUUAGGAAACUUCCAAAUUACAUACCCCGGAAUAGAUUAUGAAUUUAUGAUUAAGGUAAGUACUCCGUAAAUCCCACGGAAAGUCGGUUUUACAACAUAAACUAUAAAUACCCUAGACAGGUCUCCAUAAUCUUCUACUCAACCAAACCCAAUUUCGGCGGCUUCAACUUUCUCUCCUCUCUCUCUCACUGCCGAUUGUUAGUCUUUUGUCUUUCUGUUUGUAGCAGCAAUUCUCUCAGGAGUGGAGUUCGAAUCUGUUUUUAUGUCUGAACAAUUUCCUCUCUUUUUACCAACAAUCAAACCUCAGAAAAAUCAACUUGUCUAGAUGGCGUUGCAGAACAUUGGUGACAAAAACCGAGAUGAUGCCUUUUACAGGUAUAAAAUGCCUAAGAUGGUAACAAAAACAGAAGGUAGAGGAAAUGGAAUCAAAACCAACAUUGUAAACAUGGUUGAUAUAGCAAAAGCCUUGGCUCGUCCUGCUUGCUACACCACAAAGUACUUUGGUUGUCAACUUGGAGCUCAAUCCAAAUUCGACGAGAAGACUGGGGUUGCAGUUGUUAAUGGUGCUCAUGAAACAGCACAACUUGCUUCUUUUCUGGAGACUUUUAUCAAGAAAUAUGUUCAGUGUUACAGAUGUGGCAACCCUGAAACUGAAAUCCUGAUAACUAAAACUCAGAUGUUACAGCUUAAAUGUGCUGCUUGUGGGUUUGUUUCUGAUGUUGAUAUGAGGGAUAAGCUUGCUGCCUUCAUUCUUAAGAACCCACCUGAAGUUAAGAAAUCUAAAGACAAGAAAGCUUUGAGAAGGGCUGAGAAGGAACGUCUCAGGAAUGGUGAAGCGGCUGAUAAGGUAGCAGCAACGAAGCAGAAGAAGUCCGGUCCAUCUAAGUCAACCAAGAAGAAGACCUGUGGGUCGUCUGAUGAGGACCGGUCCGUUACUGAGAGCCAUUCAGAUGAUGAUGAGGAUGAGGAUGAGGAUGAGGAUGAGGAUGAUGUCCAAUGGGUAACUGACACGUCAAUGGAGGCGGCUAAGAUGAGGAUGAAAGAGCAACUUAGUGAUGUGGCAGCUGGUAUGGUUGUCCUCACUACUGAAGAUAAGCCUAAACCUACUAAGAAGAAAUCCCCACCUCGUAAAUCAGAGUCUGGUAACUCACAAGAGUCUCUUGUCAAGGAGUUGAAGGAAUACUUGAAGAAGAGUCCAUCUGCAAACCAGUUGAAAACCCAGUUAUCAUCAUACUCAGGAACACCCCAAGAGGUAGUUGAUGCUGUAUUUGAGGCUGUAUUUGAUGGUAUACAGAAGGGAUUUGCAAAGGAGGUUAACAAGAAGAAGAAUUAUAUUGUUGCUGCACUAGCUUACGCUGAAGGUUCACAGACAGUCCUGUUGCAUGCUAUUGAGUGUUUCUGUAAGAAAGCAAGUCCUGAUGCUGUCAAGGAGGUUGCAGUUGCUCUGAAGUUUCUGUAUGAUGCUGACUUGUUGGAGGAAGAAGAUAUUGUUGAAUGGUACGAGAAGGGGUUAAGUGGUGACAACAAGGGUUCGGGUGUUUGGAAGUUUGUCAAGCCUUUCGUGGAGUGGCUUCAGAGUGCAGAGUCUGAGUCGGAGGAGGAGGAGUGAUUUCUAGUAUCCAGUUUCAUUAUAAUAUUAAUCUUACUUAGAUGCAAGUUUUUUUCUGUUAUUUUCAGUUAUCUGGAAUACAGUAAUUAGCUAGGGAUUACUUCAGUAAAAUACUUUUUACAGGAGAUGUUUCACUCUAUUUUAGAAAUUUGUUGACAAACUUUUCCAUACAUCCCAAUGUACUAUGUAGUUACAUGACUACGAUUUCCUGUUAUAGAAAAAUAAACAACGAUUGCUUCCUGACUGCA